AUGCCUGCUCCUGUAGACUUGGCGCAGGAGGUAACGUCUUUGUUUCGUAGCGACCGCUUAGCAUACAUACUGACAGCGAAAAAGUUGCACAGCUUCUGCCAUCGUCUCGAUUGCGAUUUUGAUGCGGUCAGUUCCUUUCUCGACCGAGACAUUUCAUUUCGAGAUAAGUUCACAGCCGUGAUUUCGAGAUACAUUUACCAGCCCCGAGUCAUGUCUAGCGUCGAGGCCACCCUAAAACCGACACAGGCCGGCUCGGCCAUGCCUCCCUGUACAUGCGAUGGUGAGGUAGGCUCUGGAUCAGACGGACAUGCACCUAGCCGCUCGCCAAUUGCUUCCGUCGAAGCUAAUUCACAAGCUUUUGGAGGCGCGUCGCCAACGCGCAAAUCCGUAGAGGCUGAUGGCGCUGCUGCCCCCAUGAAGCGUAGGAAGGAUAGCAGAGCUGGACGCAUCCCACCAAUCAUCGCCAAAGUGGAGAAAAUCGGUAGCCCAGAGACUCUCGUACGCCUAUGGGACAGCUGCAGGGCAUCGAGGGCUCGAGAUCAGAGUAUCGUUACUGGGACGCGACAGGUCCUGCCUGACGAACCGGAAGGUGACUUGGAUGGCCCUUCUGUGCUGGAACGACUCGAUUCCCUCAGAGAGCAGGCGGCUGCAGCUAGUUCAAGCAUUCACUUUUCCAUUGCUAUCAAGCGCUACCAUCAUACUCAGAUGGUCCACUUAUACAACAGGGCGAGAGACCUCGACGAGACGACGAUUGAGGCGGCAGAUCCAGGCAGCGCCUCCCAGUCUCUGGUUGACCAAUUUGCGGAGAGGCCUUUCCCCAGCGCCUCAUCAGUCGGAAAGCAGGCUGGUCGGGGGCCGAAGCUUAAGAGGAAGCCGCUGAAGAGCGCAUUCAACAGGUGGCUGACCCUCGGGAAUAAGCUAACCACACUAGUUGCCAGCAUUCGACGACUUCGUGAUGCUGAUCUCCUCGCGGUGCUGAACCGGUUAGAUACGCAUGUCCGACUGAAAGACAGCAUCCAGGCCCUCACAGAAGUGCUUCUCAGUCUGGUCACAUGGGGCAUCCUGCCUGUGGCGAGGAUUGGCUUGGAGACGUAUGCCUCUGCGUCGCAGGUUCGAAAACUGGCUUCGGAGCCUAUGUUUCUGGGGGGGCUAUUGUCUUGGUGUACUGGCGCAGCAUCCGACCCGGACCUCGCGAUGUUGACGCAGCCAGCUCUCCAUUCGGCGACUGAACACCGCGACAGCACGGCCGAGGUGGACAAUCUUUCAUUUCACGCCGACGACUGA